UCCCCUCCAGCCCCGCUCAGGCUCCAGCUCCGACGCCGGCGCUUCAGCUCGGAACGCACGCCCUUCCCGGGCAAGCUUCAAUUUCCCAGAACCUUGAAGCCAUCUAAGAAUUCCCAAAGUUCUAUGAAGGAAACAAAAGAAGGUACAGUGGAUGACAUGAUCAGGAAGGUCUCUCAGAGGAGCUGACACUGCAGCUGAGACAAGAAGCUGGACCCACCAAAAGUUGGGAAGAGGGUUCCAGGCAGACAGAACAAUGUAACUUGUCCAAGGUCACAAAGUAGUAUCAGAGCUCAGAACGGAACCCAGAUAUGGCCGACCCUAAUUUUGUUUGACUCCAAAACCACUGUACUAUGCUAAUGCCCACCCUCUGAAGUACAAGUGCAGGCGCAGGAGGCAGUAUAAAGUCUCCUUUUUAACCACUCUUAAGAAAAAUAGAAAAAUGGCCAAGGAAAGGGGCCAAAUAAGCCCCAGUGAGUUCGCCCAGCUGCAAAAAUACUUGGACUAUUCCACCAAAAAGGUCAGUGAUGUCCUAAAGCUCUUCUCUGAGGAUGGCGAGAUGGCUAAAUACCUCCAAGGAGAUGCAAUUGGGUACGAGGGAUUCCAGGAAUUCCUGAAAAUCUAUCUGGAAGUGGAUAAUGUGCCCAGUAGCCUAAGCCUGGCACUGUUUCGAUCCUUCCAGGCGGAUCACUGCUCAAAAGAGACUGUACAUAAAGAUGUGGUAUGUCUCAGUGAUGUCUCCUGCUACUUUUCCCUUCUGGAGGGUGGCCGGCCAGAAGACAAGCUAGAAUUCACCUUCAAGCUGUACGACACGGACAGAAAUGGGAUCCUGGACAGCUCAGAAGUGGACAAAAUCAUCACACAGAUGAUGCGAGUGGCUGAAUAUCUGGAUUGGGACGUGUUUGAGCUGAGGCCGAUUCUUCAGCAGAUGAUGAAAGAGAUUGACUAUGAUGGCAGCGGUUCUGUCUCCCUAACUGAGUGGCUCCGGGCUGGGGCUACCACCGUGCCACUGCUAGUGCUGCUGGGUCUGGAGAUGACCCUGAAGGACAACGGGCAGCACAUGUGGAGACCCAAGAGGUUCUCCAGACCAGUCUACUGCAACCUCUGCGAGGCGAGCAUUAGUCUUGGCAAACAGGGGCUGAGCUGUAACCUCUGUAAGUACAUCGUUCAUGACCAGUGUGCCAUGAAGGCCAUGCCUUGUGAAGUCAGCACCUAUGCCAAGUCCCGGAAGGACAUUGGUGUCCAGUCACAUGUGUGGGUGCGAGGAGGCUGUGUAUCCGGGCGCUGUGACCGAUGUCAGAAAAAAAUCCGAUCCUACCACAGUCUAACUGGACUACAUUGUGUGUGGUGCCACCUAGAGAUCCACGAUGACUGCCUGCAAGCCGUGGGCCACGAGUGUGACUGUGGGCUGUACCGCGAUCACAUCCUCCCUCCAUCUUCCAUCUACCCCAGCGUCCUGGCCUCUGGACAGGAUCGUAAAACUAGCAAAACAAACCAGAAGAGUGUGGAAGACUUAAAUUCAGGCACUUCUGAGGCUCUGCGGAUUGACCCUGUUUCCAACACCCAUCCACUUCUUGUCUUCGUCAACCCUAAGAGUGGCGGGAAACAGGGGGAGAGGGUGCUUUGGAAGUUCCAGUAUCUACUAAACCCUCGACAGGUGUUCAACCUCCAAAAGGAUGGUCCUGAGCCAGGGCUCAAAUUCUUCAAAGAUGUUGCUAAUUGCCGGAUUUUGGUGUGUGGUGGAGACGGCACAGUAGGCUGGAUUCUAGAGACCAUUGACAAAGCCAACUUGUCUGUUGUACCUCCUGUGGCUGUGUUGCCCCUGGGUACUGGAAAUGAUCUGGCUCGUUGCCUAAGAUGGGGAGGAGGAUAUGAGGGACAGAAUUUGGGAAAGAUCCUCAAGGAUUUAGAGAUGAGUAAGGUGGUACAUAUGGAUCGAUGGUCCGUGGAGGUGAUACCCCAACAAACUGAAGAAAAGAGUGAUCCAGUCCCCUUUCAAAUCAUCAAUAACUAUUUCUCCAUUGGUGUGGAUGCCUCCAUUGCUCACCGAUUCCACAUCAUGCGAGAGAAGUACCCUGAGAAGUUCAACAGCAGAAUGAAGAACAAACUAUGGUACUUUGAAUUUGCCACAUCUGAAUCCAUCUUCUCAACUUGCAAAAAGCUGGAGGAGUCUUUGAAAGUUGAGAUCUGUGGGAAACCCUUGGAUCUGAGCAACCUGUCCCUAGAAGGCAUCGCAGUGCUGAAUAUCCCUAGCAUGCAUGGUGGCUCCAACCUCUGGGGUGAUACCAAGAGGCCCCAUGGAGACAGCCAUAUCAACCAGGCCCUUGGUGCUACAGCUAAAGUCAUCACCGACCCUGAUAUCCUGAAAACCUGUGUACCAGAUCUAAGUGACAAGAGGCUGGAAGUGGUAGGGCUGGAAGGUGCAAUUGAGAUGGGCCAGAUCUAUACCAAGCUCAAGAAUGCUGGACAUCGGCUGGCCAAGUGCUCUGAGAUCACCUUCCACACCACUAAAACCCUUCCCAUGCAAAUCGAUGGGGAGCCCUGGAUGCAGUCACCCUGUACAAUCAAGAUCACCCACAAGAACCAGAUGCCCAUGCUCAUGGGCCCGCCCCCCCGCUCUUCCAAUUUCUUUGGCUUCUUGUGUUGAGGAGGACAGUUUCAGCCUCCAAGCCAACCUUGAACCCACCUCUCCACCCCUGGACUCCACCCUGUAGGCUCUGUACAUUGCUGCCACACCCUCCUGCCAGCUCAGGGGAGUGCUCCUUCACCUUCACAGUAUUUAUUGUCCUGCACCACCUCACUACUUGCCAUGCACACACGUGUACACGUGCACACGCACACUCACCACAGACGCAUACGUUGAAAGUGCCUCAUCUGAAUAAAAUGACUUUUUUUUCCACUAGGAUAUCUGUUGAUAAUUGGUAUACCUCUUUCCUUCACACUUCUACUCCUUAAAUGACAUAAAGUUUCUCAAGAAGCAAGAAAAAACA